CUUGGAGGAGGAGAGAAUCCCAGAAAGGAAAUGGAACACAAAGGAAGCCGUGUCACUGGAUGGUGGGAGUUUUCUUACCAGGAGUUCCCGUACCAAGUUGGAUCUGUUGAGGUUUAGAGGUGCUGGGACCCCGAAGUAGCGACAGGGAGGUCCUGCCAGAAUGGAUUCAACCCAAGCACGCUUUCAGCCAACGACAAGGUUUAUUAGAACACCAAUAGAAGGUGGCAGUGAUUCUGAAAAUCUGCUAUAUUGGCCAGACUUCUUAAGGAAUCUGAGCGUUCCUAUCACUAACGCAAGCAGUCCCAAUCGAAUCUGAGCGCCUUAAUGGAGGCCAGGAACGAUCUUCUAUACAGAAAGACUGUAGAAAGGUUCUAGGAGUGGCCAAGUAGUCUAGGGUGGGAAGUAGCUGGGGGCCAUUCAGAGGGAAUAGGUAAUGGAGGGCUGGGCGACAGCAAAUUGGGAGAUUGGGCACAGGCCACAAUGACAAGCCAGUUGAGAGGAUUACUGGGAUGCCUCAGGAGAAUGCCAGAGACUUGACCAUAUGGGAAAGUUCAAGGAGUGGUUCCAGAGCCUGUACUCCAUCAGGUCCACAAAAUUAAAGUUCUAUUCCUACCUUAUGCUUCGGACAGCACAUCUCCCUCCCCUAACGUGAUGGUUUGUCAACUCUAGGCUCUCCUUUUUUGGGUAGGUGUUGUAAAGCCAACCGUGCGAAACCUUUACAAGUAAAAGAAGUGGACAGCAAACAACUCUGACCACUACUAUCCACGUCAAAAGCAAGUUUCUGAGACAAACUUGUCCCUCCACUAGGAUUGUGAGGGGAAAUUACUGUUCAGGUGAAGGGCUGGCACCAAUCUCUGAGGAUCCUUCCUUCCUAUGGGCUGACAUCUCUCUGCUUUCUGGGAGCCAGCUGUGCACAUGCAGCCGCCAGGUCAUCUUGUAGAGCCCAAAGCCUAGAACCAGAGGGAAUGGCCCCUGGCACACAGAGACCCUCAUUCCAGGAGUUGAUGACCUUCAAGGAUGUGGUUGUGGACUUCACUGAGGAGGAGUGGUGCCUCUUGGAUCAUUCUCAGAAAAAGCUGUACAAGGAGGUCAUGCUAGAGAAUAUCCAGAAUCUGCUGUCCCUGGAUGUAGAGACCAAGUUUGAAGUAAAUGAGAUGCCUAGAAAGCUGGGCCCUUUUGUGGAAGAAUGUAACCUACGAAGAUUCAUGAGUGAUGCUCCCUGGGACUUCAGCUUGAGAAAGAUUGGUGACUUUAUUUUGGAGAUAGAUAAAAACCCAAAGAGUGACUGUGAAUUGGAUGAAAUUGGAAAGAGAUUCAGACAAUCUUCUAUCCUAAAUCACUGUAAGAAAAUGACCUCAGGAAAUGACUGUCCUUCAGACAUUGAAUAUAGGAAAUGCUUUAGAGAACAUGUAAAGGUUUUUCAGUCCAUGGAGAAGGCUCCUGGAAUGCAAAUGUGUCCAGGUGAUCAGUGGGAGAUGACUGUGAGCUGGAGUUCAGACAUCAAUAAAUAUCAGAAAAGUGAUACUGGAGAAAUGCUUUGUGUAAGUAAUAAAGGUGGGAAGACCGUGAGUCAGAAGUCUGAACACAUUACUCAUGAGCAAACUCCCAUUAGAAAGCAGCCUGAUGAAUAUGACAAGUGGAAAGCUCAGAGAAUCCACUGUGGAGAGAAGCAUUAUGAAUGUAAUCAGUGUGGAAAAGCUUUCAUAAAGAGCUCCACUCUUACUGUACAUCAGAGAGUCCACAGUGGAGAGAAACCUUAUGAAUGUAAUUGGUGUGGAAAGGCUUUCACACAGAGCUCCACUCUUACUGUACAUCAGAGAAUCCAUACUGGAGAGAGACCUUAUGAAUGUAAUCAGUGUGGAAAAGCUUUCACAAAGAGCUCCCAUCUCACUGCACAUCAGAAAAUCCACACUGGGGAGAAGCCUUAUGAAUGUAAUCAGUGUGGAAAGGCUUUCACACAAAGGGGAAAUCUUGCUGCACAUCAGAAAAUCCACACUAUGGAGAAGCCUUAUGGAUGUAGUCAAUGUGGAAAAACUUUCAGAGAGAACUCCCAUCUUGCUACACAUCAAAGAAUCCACACUGGAGAGAAGGCUUAUGAAUGUAAUCAGUGUGGAAAGGCUUUCACACACAACUCCACUCUUGCUAAACAUCAGAGAAUCCACACCGGAGAACGUCCCUAUGAAUGCAAUGAAUGUGGAAAGGUUUUCAGACAUUGCUCCAGUCUUGCUAAACAUCAGAAAAUUCAUGGUCUAGAGAAGCCUUAUGGAUAAAAUCAAUGUGGAAAGGCUUUCAAACUCCCCUUCAUCCUUGCUUUACAUCACAUAAUUCACACUGGGGAGAAAUUCUAGGAACUUCAUUCCUCAUAUGUUAGGGCAGGACAUAG